CUUCCUACUCUCACGCCAACCAGUCGCGGCCAAUGGCCGCCCCUCCCUGAGUCUGGUUCUGACUGAGGCCUGGUGUGAUUGAAACAGUAGCACAGGUGGAGGUUCAUUUGCCUGCAAUGCAGCACGAGAAGCCAAAAGCAGGUAAAGCCUGAGCAGUGUCUGUCCCCGGCUGCAUAGGUUGAGACAUUUGCCAAGAUGGGAGUAAAGGAAAAGUUAAGUGUGAUGCAGAUCCCCUCCAUUCUUUUGCUCGGCUUUGUUUAUGUGGCAUAUGUGCUGAUCGGUGGGGUGGUUUUCUGGAAGUUGGAGGGAGACCUCGGAAUGAAGGACGUCAGCUACUUGCGUGAAAACAAAGAAAGGCUCCUUAGCACAUACCCAUGUCUCAACCAAGCUGGCCUGGAGGCCGUAGCUCAGGUUGUUAAAGACACAUCAAAGGUGGGCCUGAGUUUGAAAAGCAACUACACGGCAGACGGCUUCUGGAAAUUCACCAGCUCAGCUGUGUUUGCUGCCACUGUGGUCACAACUAUAGGUUAUGGGAACAUAUGUCCCAGCACUACAGGUGGCCAGAUCUUCUGCGUGUUCUUUGCGCUCUUCGGUAUACCACUCAACAUUGUGGUUCUCAACAGAGUGGGCAAGUACAUCCUAGCCAUAGAGAGGAACAUCUCAGACUUCUUCGAGAAAAAGACUAGUCGAAAAACAUGUACCCGCUUUUUCAUCCACUUUGUAUGUUACAUCUGCGGAGCGGUUCUUUUCUUCAUCAUGCCCAUGAUUGUGUUCAAGCAGCAAGAGGACUGGACAAAUGCAGAGGCCAUCUACUACUGCUUCAUCAGCCUCAGCACCAUCGGCUUUGGAGAUUUUGUGGCAGAUAGCAAUCCAGACAAAUAUUACCCAGAUUGGUACAGCUUCCUCAUAGCCUCGUGGAUCUUCUUUGGCAUGGCCUGGCUGGCGCUGGUUAUCAACCACUCAAUCGAAAUCCUGGAGCGGCUCAACAACUACUUUAAAAAGCAGUUCAAAAAGAAUGAUAAUCAACAGGGGGAUGAGGCAGACGGUACAGCUGAUAAAAACCCAGAGACACAGAUGGAGGAGGAAGACGAGAUCACCCAGCCUCCAGUUACUGAGUCCACCUAGUUAUAGAGUUACCUACAUCUGUUUGUGGUGAUUUGAUACGUGCCUGAGUUAUUGUUUGUCAGUUUUAGACAUUUUCUCCAUAACUGCCACUAAACUAUUGGCUCAUUUUUGAUGAGUCAGGUUUAUGUGACAGCAGCAUUCACGCACUGUUUAAGUGCCUCUUGUUAAUCUAAAACCCUUUAGAUUAAAGUUUAGAGAAGGACUCAGCACUUCUGUCCGUCUGUGGUCUAGUAGACAGGACAGUCAGCCUGUUUCCUAUACUUAAUUAGCUGACCACAAGUCAUUUACCGACUCCGUGGCACCAGCUUGGCUGUAGUCAAAGCCACAGUCUUUUAAAAUGAUCUACUUUGUAUGGUAUAGGGACUCCGUGGCCCACAGAGGCCUGGGGAUUAUUAUUAUUCAGCAUAUUUUAAGAGGUGGUGGAAUUUCCUAGGUUAUAAAAUACAGUGAAGUAAAUUAACUGGCCUUACAGAAGAGCAAGAGAAGGAAAAUUUAUUUCAUUUGUCAAGGUGUAAAAAGUUUUUGUCUUAAGUAUUGUUUUAACACUUCCAAACCAAAUUAAAAAUAUUUAUUAA